GGCAGCACAGUAGAGUGAAUGUUGCCGAAUCCCGAAUCUCACUUUGUUAUCAUGGAGUCCAGCACAAAAUUCUCUUUUAAGAAACGAGGGCGACUUGCAAACUCAAGAAAAAGGAAAACAAGCACCAGUGAUGAAGGUAGCGGUGAAGAAGAGAGUGCUGUUGUGAGGAAAGAAAGGAAAAAGACCAUUUCAAACCCUAUGAAACAAAAGACCAAGAAUCUGAGUGAGAAGCAAGAUGUGACAUACAGUGAAAGCAGUGAGGAAGAAUCUAAAGAUACAAUGGUCAGCUAUAAAUCCAGUAGAUCGGCUAAACCAGCUGGACCGGAUGAUGGUGGUGCUACAGCGACCUUUAACCUGGAUACAGAUUUCAAUGAAGAUGCACAGGCAUUGUUUGAGAAGCAGAAGAAGAUUAAUGAGGAGCUGAAGGGAGAGGAAGAUGACAAGAAGUAUAGAGGACUUAAUAACUAUCAUACAUACAUUGAGAAGAAAGACACAGCACAAGGGAAUGCAUCUAGUGGUCAUGUGAGGAAGGGGCCAAUGAGGGCGCCAACCAACCUGCGUUCCACCACACGCUGGGAUUACGCACCAGAUAUCUGUAAGGACUUCAAGGAGACGGGAUUCUGUGGGUUCGGUGAUAGCUGUAAGUUCAUGCACGAUCGGUCGGACUACAAGUUUGGAUGGCAGCUGGAGAAGGAGUGGGAUGAUGGCAAAUAUCAAAAGCAACAAGAUCCCAGCAUGUACGAGAUUGACAGUGAUGACGAUGAUGAUCUUCCUUUCAAAUGCAUCUUCUGUAGACAGUCCUUCACCAACCCAGUCGUCACAAAGUGCAAGCACUACUUUUGUGAAAAAUGCGCUCUAAAACACUACAAGAAGAGCAAACGUUGCUUUGUUUGUGGAACACAGACAAAUGGUCUAUUCAAUGUAGCUAGAGACCUGAUCGCCAAAAUGGCAAAAUACCAUGGAAACAAAGAAGGAAGCGAUAGUGAACCCUCCGAAGCUGACAACCAUUCAGACAAUGAGGAAACAAGAUGACGAUGAUGAUGAUCGAUGAUGAUGAUGAUGCUGAUGACGUAGAAACCAGAGUGCAUGGUGGAAGUGAAGAUAAUCUCAUCAAGAACUGGUUCUUCCUUGUAUCAAGGAUUAAUGAGGAUACUUUUUUUUACCCUCUCUGCAAAAGGAACUGUUUCUAUGAAAAUGAAUGACAUUUCAUUUAUUUCAUUUAUUUAUUUCAUUCUCUUUUAAAAAACAUCAAAAGUAUAAACAUGUUUGUUCAUUAUCAACAUAAGAUAAAAGGAAGUGGGGAAUCAUGAAAUCCAAAAUUGGCUUGAUGAGAAUGAUCCCCAAAUAAAUACUUAGCAUAAAACAAGAUUCAAACUUAUUUUAUAUAAAAAAACAGUACAUAUAUUCACAACAACAGAGGACAGAGGAAAGAUAAAGAUAACAUAAGGUAAAGACAGUUACAGGAAGAUAAGAAGAGAGAGAAGAUAAGAAGAAGGAAGUUACAACUUGUUGAGAUUGAGGGACAAUGAUAUCAUAUCAUCAGGACUGGACUCAUCUGCUAGUACCGAUGAAAUAUGGCAUAGCAUUUUAAGAAUGAUAGUUGUGACAUGUGCACGCAUGCAUGC